GAUUUAUGAAAUUUUGAAGUUCAAGGACUUGAAUGAUGGCGGGAAAUAUGAAGUGGGGUUUUCCACUAACUAUGUUUAAAAAUAUCUAUCUUCUUAGUCACGUCAAGGUUGGUUUCUUUACCCUUCAUUCUAACCAAAAAUGAUAUUGGGAAACUUUGCAAAAAUAGAAAUAGGGAAUGAUAAGGAAACCCAUUUUAUCUCAGAAACACACUUAACCUUGAAUGGUUCUCAAAUUUGCCAGAACCAUCUUGUGAAUCACGUCAGAACCCUAUAUUUUUUCAAAAUAUUGACCAUGUUUUGAAACAUCUGCCAAAAUAUUUGACGAAAAUAGGCCAAUGUACUAGUUUGAUGGGAAAUGACCGAUAGACCAAAGUUACAAGGACAAACUUUAAUGAAACAUGGCAAAUUGCUUUUCCACUAUCUCCAUUUUUUAGCUAAUCUCUUCAGUUCCUUUUCCUGGGGGUUUGAAAUUGAAAAACCUUCAGCCAAGUAUUAUGGACAUAUCUGGAAUAUUUUAUCAAUCGCACAUUUUUGGCAAAUCAAAAUAGAGAAUUCUUAAGUUUGGAUGUUGUUGUUUCCAAGAGACGUUAUCAAAUCUUCUUACACGCCAUUCGAAAUGUUAAUUUUCUGAUAUUGAGGUUGUUUUUUGACGCCGUUUCCAUGGCAUAUAUGCCUAGUUCUCCGGGCAUUACGAAAUUAGAAUAAAACUGCGCUUUACGGGAGGCUGACACACAAGAUGAUGCUUAAUACGAUAUCAGUAUUCAUUUAUUUGAUGGGGAGCCAUCUCCUAGUUUCUGGACAAAGGAACUUGAAGCUCUCGAAGCCCACCAAUUCGGUGACCAUUCGCCAGAGCGGAGGACGCAUCUGUUCGAAUCACUUGGUGGGUGAAUUUGUGGAGCAUGCGGAGGACUGCCACAUGUUCUAUCUGUGCGUCGAUAAUGGCGAUGCCGUCCUUGCCUCCUGCCCACCCACAAUGCUCUUCAACUCGGAGAGUCGACUCUGCGAUGCGGCAUCCAAUGUGCGUUGCAGGAAUGCCACGGACUCAUCUGGAGAAAGCAAUCCUCCCGGAACCGAUGCCAACGAUCUUAACAACAUGGUCACGGAUGUAGACACCUAUUGCGCCACGUUAGCACAACAGCAGAGCAGUGAUCGCAUUGUUUAUGUUGGCAGCUCCAGCAGCUGCAGCAAGUACUACAUCUGCUACUAUGGCCAGGCCAUUUUGCAAGAGUGUAGUUCGCAGUUGCACUGGAAUGCGAUGACCGGCAAAUGUGAUGUUCCGGAGCGAGCACAGUGCACGUUGGGCGCCCAGGAGGAGGAGAGGCCGUCGAGUGGGAGUUCUACUUUUGGCCCAAGUGGAGCACUUUCGAGUGAUCUCAUCCACUGUCCGCCUUACGGACAGCAUCUGUAUCCGCACAUGCAGCGAUGCGAAUUUUUUAUAUACUGUGUCAAGGGCCAUGCAAGUUUGCAGCGUUGCCCGUUUUAUUAUUUCUUUGAUGUAUCAACCAAAAGUUGUCAGUGGUCGCGCACGGCUUUGUGUGUGCGUGAUUUAAACUUGACACCACAAAUAAAAUAGAUAUUUACAG